AUGAGAUUUACUAGUGCAACUAGCAUAACUUUAUCCAUAAAACUACUACUUACAAUUUACACGAAUUUUGCACAAGCUGAAGAAUAUAAACAUCUAACGUCCGAUGUGGUUCAGAAUGUUAUGCUAACAAAUGAUAUUGUCCAAAGUACACCUGAACCAAGCGCCAAUAAUGAACCGACUAAGAUUGAAGAUGAAAUUUUGGUUAACACAAUAGCCAGUAAAUUAGACCUGCGAUCAAAUAGUGAAUCACCGAGUUUCAGAAGUUCAACAAUAGAUGAUGUAACAGCCCAAAUGAUUAGUAUUAGGGCUGCUGAUGAGGUUUUAAAUGAGGACGCUGGUGAAAACACGAUUAUGUCAGUUGAGGAGGAUUGGAAACCCCGUGAACCUAGUAAUGAAGAUAAUGCCGAAAAGGGCUACCAGAAAGUGAGUAAUAAUAGCUCUGAGAAGCUAAUAACGACAGCAGCAUCAACGAUUUCAACACCAGUGCAUAUGGACAAAUUGCCGUCCACAUCUCAGAUUGUGGCGAUGGAGAGACAGCCAGAAGAAGCCCUUGCGGACGAUGAACCUGAACUAAAUAAUGACAAUGAGUUUCUCCCAUUUGCAGAGUGGAAGAAGUUAAAGCUUAAUGAGAAGCAGCGAGAUUUGCAUAAUGAGAAGCAUUUGCGUACUAUGCAAAUGCUGGACUAUAACAAGUUAGAAAGUUUUGGCGACGACAUGGAAAUAGAUGUUCGAAUUUUUACCUCGUUGGAGGAUGAUGAACCAGAGGGAAAGGUGUAUCAUGAGAAGUUUAAUUUUGCUUCGCUGGAUUGCGCUGCAUCGAUUGUGAAAACGAAUUCAGAAGCUCAGGGAGCGUCAUCAAUAUUGUACGAAAACAAAGACAAGUACUUAUUAAACCCUUGCUCUGCUCCUAGUAAGUUUGUGGUGAUUGAAUUAUGUCAAGACAUAUUGGUAGAGGAUAUCCAUGUUGCAAACUACGAGUUUUUCUCUUCCACAUUCAAGAGGUUACGUUUUUCUGUUUCUGACAGGUUCCCAGUUCCUAAAAAUGGAUGGAAAAUAUUGGGCGAGUUUGAAGCUGAGAAUAGCAGAGAUUUGCAGAAGUUCAAAAUUGCCAAUCCGAUGAUUUGGGCUCGUUACUUAAGGGUUGAAAUACUUGAGCACUAUGGUAAAAACUUCUAUUGUCCAAUCUCGGUUGUACGUGCUCAUGGAAAAACUAUGAUGGAUGAGUUUAAAAUGACAAAAAGUACCGAUAUAGAUGUUGCUACAGGAGAACUAGAAUGCGAAUCGGUUUCUAAUAUCAACAUCCUCAAUUCCUCCGACCUUUGUGACGCAAACACAUAUCCAGAAUACUUUGAUGGAAACAAGCCAUUGAUAUUUUCUAACAGGAAAAUGACUGGGGAGCUCUUUUGGGGUGAAUUGCAAUCUCAAUGCCGAGCGGCAUUACCGCCUUUACGAUUUGAAGAGUUUAUUAAGGAUUUUAAUGCAAAAGACACUUCAAAGCAAUUAAAGCCUGUAGAAUUUACCCCUCUGUCAACGGAAGAAUCCAUUUUUAAAAAUAUUAUGAAAAGGAUAUCCUCACUUGAAACAAACUCUACAUUAUCGGUGCUGUAUAUUGAAGAACAAAGUAGGCUUUUAUCCAAAUCAUUUUCGUCGUUGGAGAAAACACAUGGCAGGAAAUUUGACUCCUUGGUUGCAGCGUUCAACGAAACUAUGAUGGCUAACCUUGAGUCGUUGAAUAACUUUGCUAAGCAGCUACAAGAGUCGUCGUUAAAGCUUCUGGAAGAGCAAAAACUUUCAAACGAUCAGUUUACGACGAUGACAAUUCAACGGCUAGACAUGAUGGAGAAAGAUGCGAGAUUCCAGAAAAGGAUGAUGUAUCUAAUUUUAUUUGCUUUUGCAUCGCUGUUGAUGUACAUAUUACUGACAAGGGAGGCAUAUGUUGACGAAUAUAUGGAGGAUGACGGCUGGUAUUUAGAUUCUCCUCCAUUGAAGAAAGCCAAGGAUAAAAUAUUAAAGAAAGCCGCGCGGGCUGUGUCUUCGCCUACCAUUUUUGGAAGCUUCAACGCCGAAAACUCUAAACGGGAAAAAUAUACGGAAGAAUGGGGUAUAAGAACUUCUACAUCUAGAUCCGGAGGCUCUCAUAUUGAUAACGAUAAUAGCGACGAAUAUGAUCGUGAGGAUUACUGUUCAAACAUAUCUAUACGAAGAGGCCGAACUUAUUCGAAGCUGCUAGCCGCAGAUGAGAUGGAAGUGGAUAUUGACGAUUUCAUGAGCAAUUCAAGCGAUAAUUUUUCAGUUACAUAUCAUGGAAUGGAUAGAGCCAUUGAUGAUGAUGGGAUAGAAUUAUCUUCACGUGCGUCCAGCAGUGACAAAGAGAGCAUAUAG